AUGAUUAUUGGAAUAAAAGAUGAUUUGCAUAUCAUUGAUGACUCGUCUGUCCCUGACACGAGAGUACACAUGUUAAGGGGAAGAAUGCUGAGAUGUUUUACACAGAAUACAAAGCGUAUUACCCAUCAGCCAGCUAAGGCAAGUGAGAGGCCACUGAUAUGUUCUGAGUGUGGGAAAUGUUUUACACACAAAUCAGCUCUUGUUACACAUCAGAGAAGUCACACAGGUGAAAAGCCAUAUUCCUGUUCUGAGUGUAGGAAAUGUUUUCCACGGAAAUCAGAACUUAUUACACAUCAGAGAAGUCACACAGGUGAGAAGCCAUAUUCCUGUUCUGAGUGUGGGAAAUGUUUUGCACAGACAUCAGCUUUUGUUACACAUCAGAGAAGUCACACAGGUGAAAAGCCAUAUACCUGUGCUGAGUGUAGGAAAUGUUUUCCACGGAAAUCAGAUCUUGUUACACAUCAGAGAAGUCACACAGGUGAGAAGCCGUACUUCUGUUUUGAGUGUGGGAAAUGUUUUGCAUGGAAAUCAAAUCUUGUUACACAUCAGAGGAGUCACACAGGUGAGAAGCCAUAUUCCUGUUCUCAGUGUGGGAAAUGUUUUGCAUCGAAAUCAUAUCUUGUUACACAUCAGAAAAGUCACACAGGUGAGAAGCCAUAUUCCUGUUUUGAGUGUGGGAAAUGUUUUGCAUAUAAAUCAAAUCUUGUUACACAUCAGAGGAGUCACACAGGUGAGAAGUUAUUUUCCUGUGCUGAGUGUGGGAAAUGUUUUCCACGGAAAUCAGAUCUUGUUACACAUCAGAGAAGUCACACAGGUGAGAAGCCAUAUUCCUGUGCUGAGUGUGGGAAAUGUUUUACACAGAAAUCAGAUCUUGUUACACAUCAGAGAAGUCACACAGGUAAGAAGCCGUACUUCUGUUCUGAGUGUGGGAAAUGUUUUGCAUGGAAAUCAGUUCUUGUUAAACAUCAGCGAUUUCACAGGUGA